AUGUCAGUAGAGUCGGACCUGGAAGACAUAAAUCAUGUGGUCUUCAUUGUUUUUUCUUUUCUUCUGAAAGAUGCUGUGCUGGAAAUUUUCGUGGACUGGUGUGAAAAUGGCUGCAAUGUUAUCAUCACUUACGCAUUGCUUCUUGAUUGCAAACAGAAUUACAUCACUGGGUUCUCAUUGUUUGUUCCCUUCAUACGGAAAGACGUUGUGUGGGAGAUUUUCAUGGACCAGUAUGAAAAUGGACGGGCUUUACCUCCUGACAUCGACAUCGUGAACUGGGUCAACCGGAAAGCCACGUGUGUUAUCGUCCAUGAUUUGCGGCCGGGCCUUCCAGCUGCCGACGUGCCAAAAAUAAAGGCAUUGAGAGGGUGUUCCAGGUGGACCCCAUCUAGACUCUCACCGUUUACCUCUUUAUAUAUCAUUUUCUAUCCUCUGAGUUCUCCCUUCGUUGUAGAUGAAAAACUCAAAAGGAAAAUGAGCGACUGUGGAGACAGAAUUCAGAGAGUGAAGGUGAAUAAGGAAGAGGAGUUCUCAAUCAUGGUCUCUACCCUCUGUAACGUCAUUGCCGGAGCCACUGAACCUCGAGAAAAUGCCACGUCAUCGUCCACGUUCACCACCACCCAGCAAACUGAUCAGGUACUGUUGUCUCUCCCUGCUCCUGAAAAGUGUCCGUACUGCGACUACGAAGGCUGUCUUGGCUGCAACCUUUUUGUGCCUUCAGGUGAAGCAGAGGAGAGGACGAGGAAGGGCAAGUUCAGAGGAGUUCGACAGAGACCCUGGGGAAAAUGGGCGGCGGAGAUUCGAGACCCGCGGCGAGCUGUGCGACUGUGGCUGGGCACGUUCGACACGGGGGAAGCCGCCGCUCGAGCUUACGAUAGAAAAGCCAUUGAAUUGCGAGGAAUUAGAGCUAAGCUCAACUUCCCACUUUCCGACUAUAAAAAUGAACAAAAAUCAAUCACCAUUAAUGAGGAAGAUGAACCCAGUGCAUCGGAUAAUACAAAGAAAGAAAGAUUGAAGGGUGUAGCAGUGGAGACCGGUGUGAAAGAGCUUGGAGAGUUGACGGAGGAGGAUCAGAGUUUACACCCAUGAUAAUUUACUGUUGUACUUGGGAUGAUUUGAUAGAUGUACAGUCAAACUUAGACCCACAGUUUUAAUCAUGUUUUAAAACCGGACCGGACCGGCCGAUCAGACCGUCACGAUUCCGGUUCGAUCCGGUCAAUUGGGCCGGAAAAUGGUCAAUCCGAAAUUAAACCCGUUAAA